AUGUUUGGAAACUUCAUCAUCUCGUUCUACUUGACUAAGAUUCUUGAUCAAGCCGGAAUCAAGGACACAACCACUCAGACACAGAUCCAGGUCAUCAUCAAUUGCUGGUCGUUCGCAAUUGCAGUUUUUGGUAGUUAUAUGCUCGAUAUUCUCGGCCGCAGAACUCAGACUUUCAUCAGCGUUGCCGGAAUGGUCGUGACACUGUACAUCGUUGGUGGUCUCAUCAAGACAUAUGGCGAAAGCUCAAACAAUUCCGGCAUAUAUGGCACAAUUGCAGUCAUUUUCCUCUUCCAGGGCUUCUACGCAUUUGCCAUCACGCCUAUGACAAGUUUGUAUCCAACUGAAGUAGCCCCCUUCAAGCUGAGGGCAACUGGCAUCGCCAUUUUCCGCAUGCUUGACUCCGGCUUCGGACUUCUUGCAUCUUUCGCUAUGGCCUACGCUAUGGCAGACUUGGGUUGGAAAUUUUACCUCAUCAAUGCUUCAUGGGACUUGGUCUUCCUGGUUAUUGCCUAUUUCACCUUCGUCGAGACUAAGGGCCUCAAACUCGAGGAGAUCGCCGCUAAGUUUGAGGGAUCUCAAAUUUUAGAAGCUGCUUUGGCAGAAGACAGUUCAUCUGUCGAAGGCGCUGUCCUCUCUGACAAAAAUGCAGGGGAGGUUAAAGAGCAGGCUCUGCCUUGA